AAAUUAUACUGCCGAUUUUGGAUAUUUCGGAAAAAUUUUCAUCACCUAGAAACGAGUAGCCUGCAGCUUGUGGCACCAGCCAAUACCCACGAGGGCAUUAUAUAUUCACAAAUAUAGUAGAAAUGGCGAAGCGAACAACCUUUAAGAGGGUUUUACUUCUCUUUAGUGAAGAGAAUUUAGAAAAUGCGGAUAAACUUCGUACUGUUAUUGAAAGUGAGUCAAACGGUGAUGCGGACAUUGUAGACUUGGUUGACAUUCAAACUCGACGUCUUAAUCUCGAGAACGAACUCGAAAGCUGCGAUUGCAUUAUYCUUAUUUCUUCGCCCAGAACUACAGAACUUAUUGACAACGAACAAAGUUUGAUUUUUAAAGCAGAAGGAGGAACUGAAGUGAAUUUUGAUGGCAAGACUAUCAACCAGUAUUUCCAACACUGUCGGGAGAAAGCGAUUCGUUCGAAGGUCAUUCCAGUUUCAUUCAUUGAUUUACCACGGGUGUUACAAUCGCCUUGUGGACGGAAACUCUACCGAGGGCAUAUCUGUUUUGGAAUUGAAAAAGGCAAAGUCACUGAAAGAAUGCUUGAAGGAGAUAUGUUACAGUCGCUCAUUGCUUUAAUACGAGGAAAAAGGUAAAUUAUAAAAGAAAAUAUACGUUGGACUAUGGAUCAAGCCCUUGAACAUUUCAUCUCCACGUACAGCUAUUCCACUAUUUUACAGUUAUUGGAGAAUCGCAAAGGAAACUCUUUUAAUUUGAAAUGUUGUUACAGCUCAAUUACUAAUCGAAUUUGGAAGUUUAUUCAAUAUAAGUUUCGAAAUAGAGCUGUUUUGUAAUUAUAUUAUAGUCCUGAUUGAAUUCAUUGUAACAAAAGAUCGUUUUGUUUAUAUUCAACAUUUUAUAUCCAAGAACCUGCUGU